AUGGAGGGCUUUGGAACACGACACUUUGGCUACCCUCCCGUGAGCCUCCUCGAUGACAUCAUCAACACCGUCAACAUCCUGGCCGAAAGCGCCCUCAAAUCCAUCGAGCAGUACCUCUCCAACUCCUCCCCCAAGGCACUCGGCUUCCGCGACGCCAAGAAAUCCUCGUCCUCGACCGCCGCCCCGGCCUCCUCCUCCUCCCACGGCACCGCGUCCGCUCCCCUCACCGCCGCCGACGCCGCCAAGUUCGAGAUCGACAACGGCACCCACCAGCUCGAGACCCUCCUCUGCUCCAGCAUCGACCGCAACUUUGACAUCUUUGAGCUCUACGUCAUGAAGAACCUGCUCCGCAUCGCCCCCGAAGACAGGCCGUGGAUCCGCCUCCGGCACUACGAAGGCCUCGACUUUGAUCGCGCUGCCGCCGCCACAUCCGAGGGCCAAAAUGCCGACAGCGGUAGCGGUCGCGGCGACGUUGGCGGCGGUGAUAGCCCCGGCGGACCCACGGCUACCUCGGUCAACGUGCUGCGGCGGAAGCUGCGCGCCUCCCUGCGCCUCAACGCCCUCCUACAAGCCGAAAAAGCCAAGAACGACGCCCUCCUCGCCCAGCUCUACUCCCUCCAGGCCCUGCGCUCCCUUUCUACCUCGCUCAAGAACAUGGCCCCGGACCUCGUCGCCUCGGUCGGCACCGACAACGACGACAACGACGGCCAAAGUGGCGGCCGCAGCAGCGCCGGAUCGGGUUCGUCGUCGGGUAACCGGAACUGGAGAAAGGAGCGCGUGGGUUACGUAGAGGGCCUAGCGAGGAAACACCUCGAGAACGCGCGGGGCCUCGAGCUCGGCGCCCAGGGCGAGGUUCGCGACGGCGAGUGGCAGGGCGAGGGCAGGACCAUCAGCAAGGCCGAAGUCGAGGACCUGGAGAGGGUGGUGGGCAUAUUGGCUGGCGGGGUCAUGGACGAGGACGCGAUGGACGAAUCCUAG